AUGUCGAAGUUUCCCUCCUUCACCAAAACAUGGCAUCACUCGCCCUACGCUGCGAUUGACCCUCGUCAACCUUCUCUAUCCGCUCAGGGAAAGACUGUUUUCAUUACCGGCGGCGCAACUGGAAUUGGCAAAGCAACGGCAAUCGCCUUUGCCCAGGCGAAGGCAAGGGCCGUUGUCAUCACAGGUCGGACCAAAUCCACGCUUGACUCUGCGAAGGUCGAGAUCGAGGAAGCAGCACAGGCUGAAAGUAACCGGGACUUCCAGUGUCUGGUCUUUCAAGCCGACGUGACAUCCGCAAGCGCCAUGGAGGACGCUUUUGGUCAGACCGUCCAGAAGUUAGGCGGAAUCGAUGUACUUGUCUCCAAUGCAGGUUACGUGGAUAGCCACUCAGUCAUUGCCCAAUCAGACCUGGAUGAUUAUUGGCAAUGCUUCGAGACGAAUGCCAAAGGCGCUCUCGUGGUUAUCAAGGCAUUCUUGAAAACGCAUUCAGCAGCUCAACCUCAAUCGGCGUCAGCGCAGAACCCGCCUGUUCCUAAGCCCAUCAUAAUCAACAUCUCUUCGGGCGCUGCUCACCUGCCUCCCCCCGUGAUACCCACCUUCUCCGCCUAUGCUGCCUCGAAACUCGCAGCUCUUCACAUCUUUUGCUACCUCCAAGACGAACAUCCCGAUGAUCUCAUAGUGUUCAAUCUCCAACCGGGUGAAAUUCCUACCGCAAUGGCAAGAAAGGGACAGCGAAACAUGGCGAAGGAUGACGUGCGGCUACCUGCUUCCUGGUGUGUCUGGGCCGCGGCCAAGGCAGAGAGUGAUGCGAAUUUCCUCAAAGGUAGGUUCGUGUGGGGCAAUUGGAACGUUGAUGAGCUCUGUGAGAGGAGGGAGGAGGUAGAGAAAGGAGAUCUCCUCAAGGUAGAGUUGAAGGGUUGGGGAGGGGAUGUCGCCGAAAGAUUUGAUCCCGUCCAUUGGGAUUAUCCAGCGGAAUUCCAGCCAUAUGAUAUAGCAAUCGAAUGUGACGAGGGAGUUUUCAGCUACCUUGUCUGUCCCCAUUCCGAGCUCUGCCUGGAUCCCAAUAGGAGAGAGCCGCACCUAGACUGUCUUGUUGUUGCCGUCGAAGGGGCUUGCUCUGGAAAUGGGAAGCAGCACUCGGAUGUGAAAGCAGGCAUCGGCGUCUACUUUAGAAGCGCCUCAUCAGGGAAUAAACGAGCCAGCCUUCCCAGCCAGAUCUCGACGAAUCAGCGAGCAGAACUUGUAGCAUCCAUUGUCGCCCUUGCUCGGAUCAGGAGGCUUAUGGGACCAGAUGGUAUAUUGUGCGAUGACUGCGGUAUGAACCAUGUAAUAAUCAAGACGGACUCGAAUUAUGUUGUUCAGGGGAUGACUGAAUGGAUGGGGAAAUGGCAGAAAAAUGGAUUCCGCACCGAUCGCGGGGCCCCUGUUACAAACUCGGCUCUCUUUCAGUUGCUGGGCAAAAUGGUCACUUUGGUCCAAGAUACUCUGGCCUGCACGGUUUAUUUUUGGCAUGUCCCCAGAACUUUCAACAAAGAGGCGGACAAGUUGGCUAAAGAGUCUCUGAUCGCGGGUGCCGUUGAGGAUCCUGAGAUGGAGCUGUGA